UGCACUCUGCACAUGCCCAGAGGCGCGGGGUCUUCACCGCUAGCCCACUCGGGAGGCUCCGGAAGGGCGGCGAUCUUGAGGCCCGGAUGGCGAGCGCGGGCCGAGCCCCUCCGCAGAGCCUGCGCCUGGAGAACGCCUCGCUGCUGUCCGAGGGGGCCCUGCAGGACGGGCACCGCCUCUGGAUCGGGAACCUCGACCCCAAGAUCACCGAAUAUCACCUUCUCAAACUCCUGCAGAAAUUUGGCAAGGUGAAGCAGUUUGACUUCCUCUUCCAUAAGUCAGGAGUCCUGGAGGGGCAGCCCAGGGGCUACUGCUUUGUGAACUUCGAGACCAAACAGGAGGCAGAACAGGCCAUCCAUUGCCUCAACGGGAAGCUGGCGCUCUCCAAGAAGCUGGUUGUGCGGUGGGCUCACGCCCAGGUCAAGAGGUAUGACCAGAAUAAGAACGAGAAGACCCUUCCCAUCAGUCUGGAGCCAUCUUCCAGCACGGAGACCCACCAGUCCAACCUGAGCGUCAGUACAAAAAUCAAAGCCAUUGAAACGAAGCUGAAAAUGAUGUCGGAGAAUCCCGACGCCGAGUUCCCACCGGCGGCCCCCUACACGUACUUCAAGGCCCCCGAGAAAAAACGGACUGGCCCCUACUCCAGAGCUGCUUGGAAGUCCAAGAGGUGAUGAGCGCUCUCGACAGAUGGAAAGCCAGCUAGGAGGAACCGAGAUAGGCGCUGCCCUGUCCUGGGCCUCGUGUGGGACUGCUGCGAUUCCUCCUUUGCACACACGGAAGUCAACACUUCUGAGGGAAACGGCUGUAGCACCAUCCAUAAAUCUGUAUACAGCUUCUCCAACAAACUCAACUGGUUUAGUAGUAAAACCAGAUUUCCUCUCCUCUCCUCCCCCCCUAGCUAGAUCCAGCUCCAAGAUGUGUGUGUGUGUGUGUGUGUGUGUGUUUCAGUAUGUUUUCACCACUUCAGUAUUUGUUUUGACCUGAAGAUAACGAAGAGUUCUGAUGGCCUAUCCAGAAUAUUAUCUCUAUCCAGUAGUAAAACAUGCUUUGGGUUGCCUGAUCUCUCCAGCAAGAGAAAAACCAGAGUUUCUUGCAUCCUGAAACCCGGGAAAAAGCCAAAAGGGGGCAAUGAAAUUGGUAAUAGUUGUCUGUGAGUAACAGCUGCAUCGAACACAUCUGGGCAUCAUCGGUGUAUGCAUUUUUUUUUUUUUUUUUAAAGUGAACAUCACAGGAAUAAAACUUUUAGCCCACUUUUAA